AUCCCAUACAGACCCCGUGGGGAGCGGGGAUGGGGGGCCGGGAGGGGGGGUCACCCACCAGGCAUGGGACCACGCCACAAACCGGGACCCCAAAACUCUUCCUCCUGCCGGGCGCUGGGACCCCCCCACGCACAGGGGUUGCACCCACCCUCCUGCUGAACCCCAAGCUUCACUGAGCCCCUGGUGAUGCUUUGGGGGGGGUGGGGGGGGGGGCUGCGGGAUGGAGACGGGGUGGUCUCGGCUUCCCAGGGCCCCCGAACCGCUGGCCGAGGUGUGGGAGCAGGCGAUGGAUCCUUGGGGGGCUGCUGAGCCGGAACAGACGGUGUUUUUUGGGGGUGACGGGGGGGAGGACACCUACACCCCCCCCAUGAUGCAGAGGACACCGAGCGACCCCGAGACGGACCCCCCGCCAACGGGCGACCCCGAGAUCGUAGAGCUGGAUACGACCGCCCUGUUGGCCCACCCCGAGGAGGGUUCACCGGGCGACCGGAGCCCGGCGAAGGAGACCCUACGUUGGACCGUGGUCCAGCAGAUCGACUCCCCCGGCGCGGUGGGGGGUCGGCGCGGCGGCAAAACCGGCUCGGGAGCUGGCGCCUUCUCCAACUUCAAGAGCAUCAUCGUGUUGCAGAAGAGUUACGAGUGCGGGGAGUGCGGCAAGAGCUUCAGUUGCAGCUCCCACUUCAGCAAACACCGGCGGACCCACACCGGUGAGAAACCCUUCCUCUGCCUCCAUUGCGGUAAGAGUUUCAACGUCAGCUCCAACCUCUACCGGCACCAACGGGCUCACGCCGCCGAACGGUCGGGUCCACCGGCUCCGCCGGCACGUCCCCGUGGGUUGCCGUAUAAAUGCGAGGAGUGCGGCAAGAGUUUUCGCCGUAACAAGGAGCUGGUGACCCACCAACGGUUGCACACCGGUCGCUUGCCCUUCCAAUGCGGUCACUGCGGUAAGAGCUUCAGUUGGAGCUCCCAUUUUGACCGGCACCAACGCGUCCAUACCGGUGAGAAGCCCUACCAGUGCCCCGAGUGCGGUAAGCGUUUCAGCCGUAGCUCCCACCUCUACCGGCACCAACGCACCCACGCCGGCGGCCGCUCUUACAUCUGCACCUAUUGCGGGCGUAGUUUUGGGAGCACCCUCCAUUUCGACCGGCACCAACGCACCCACACCGGCCAACGACCCUACAAGUGCACCCUGUGCCGGAAGAGUUUUGGCGAUGGGCCGGCGUUGGUCAAACACCAACGCCUUCAUCUGGGCGACGGUCCUUUCCGUUGCGAAGAGUGCGGUAAAGCCUUCGGCGCCCGCGCCCAGUACGCCCGUCAUCGGCGUAGCCUCCACGGCGGCGGUGAGAAACCGUACCAUUGCGGUGAUUGCGGGAAGAGUUUUUCCUGGAGCUCCCAUUGGGAACGACACCAACGUAUCCAUACCGGCGAACGACCCUACCAGUGCGGGGACUGCGGCAAACGUUUCGGCCGGACCUCCCAUCUCUACCGGCAUCAACGUACCCACGCCGGCGGGCAACCCCACGUCUGUGCCGAUUGCGGGAAGAGCUUCAACAGCACCCUACACUUCCAUAAGCACCAACGGGCUCACGCCGGUCCCCGGCACGCCUGUCCCGAUUGCGGCAAGGCGUUUGCCGACGGUUCGGCGUUGGCCAAGCACCGACGGGCGCACGCCGGCGAGAAGCCUUUCCCUUGCCCGCAGUGCGGCCGGCGUUUCGGCGUCAGCUCCCAUCUUCACCGUCACCUCCGUAGCCACGGCGAGGAGGAGCCGCCGGAGGAGCCGCCAGAUGAGCUCACGCCUCGUCCCCCCUUCCAAGAAAUGUCCCACGCCGACAUUUGGUUGUCCCAAAUGGACCCACCCCCAAGCACCCACAAGCCGCCUGCUUUCACUGGGUCCAGGAGGAUCUCCAUGGAGGAGGAUCCUCUGCCUUCAUUGGGUCCAGGGGGAUCUCCAUGGAGGAGGAUCCUCUGCCUUCACUGGGUCCAGGGGGAUCUCCAUGGAGGAGGAUCCUCUGCCUUCAUUGGGUCCAGGGGGAUCUCCAUGGAGGAGGAUCCUCUGCCUUCAUUGGGUCCAGGAGGAUCUCCAUGGAGGAGGAUCCUCUGCCUUCACUGGGUCCAGGGGGAUCUCCAUGGAGGAGGAUCCUCUGCCUUCAUUGGGUCCAGGGGGAUCUCCAUGGAGGAGGAUCCUCUGCCUUCAUUGGGUCCAGGAGGAUCUCCAUGGAGGAAGAUCCUCUGCCUUCACUGGGUCCAGGAGGAUCUCCAUGGAGGAAGAUCCUCUGCCUUCAUUGGGUCCAGGAGGAUCUCCGUGGAGGAGGAUCCUCUGCCUUCACUGGAUCCAGGAGGAUCUCCAUGGAGGAGGAUCCUCUGCCUUCAUUGGGUCCAGGGGGAUCUCCAUGGAGGAGGAUCCUCUGCCUUCACUGGAUCCAGGAGGAUCUCCAUGGAGGAGGAUCCUCUGCCUUCAUUGGGUCCAGGGGGAUCUCCAUGGAGGAGGAUCCUCUGCCUUCAUUGGGUCCAGGAGGAUCUCCAUGGAGGAGGAUCCUCUGCCUUCACUGGAUCCAGGAGGAUCUCCAUGGAGGAGGAUCCUCUGCCUUCAUUGGGUCCAGGAGGAUCUCCGUGGAGGAGGAUCCUCUGCCUUCACUGGAUCCAGGAGGAUCUCCAUGGAGGAGGAUCCUCUGCCUUCAUUGGGUCCAGGGGGAUCUCCAUGGAGGAGGAUCCUCUGCCUUCACUGGAUCCAGGAGGAUCUCCAUGGAGGAGGAUCCUCUGCCUUCAUUGGGUUGAGAGACCUUCAUUUGGUCAAGAGAGGAUCUCCACAGAGGAAGAUCCUCUGCCUUCAUUGGUUUCCCAGGGUCGUGGCCCCUGGUUUCCUUGGGAUGUGAGCAUCUCCUUGGGCACCUCCUUGGGCAUCUUGGGCAUCUCCUUGGGUAACUCCUUGGGCAUCUCCUUGGGCAUCUUGGGCAUCUCCUUGGGUAACUCCUUGGGCAUCUUGGGCAUCUCCUUGGGUAACCCCUUGGGCAUCUCCUUGGGCAUCUCCUUGGGCAUCUUGGGCAUCUCCUUGGGCAACUUCUUGGCUAUCUCCUUGGGUAACUCCUUGGGCAACUCCUUGGGCGUCUCCUUGGUCAUCCCCCUGGGCAACUCCUUGGCCAUCUCCUUGGUCAUCCCCCUGGACAACUCCUUGGCCAUCUCCUUGGGCAUCUCCUUGGGUAACUCCAUGGUCAUCUCCUUGGGUAUCUCCUUGGGCAACUCCUUGAGUAUCUCCUUGGGCAUCUUGGUCAUCUCCGUGGGCAACUCCUUGGGUAACUUCUUAGGUGUCUCCUUGGUCAUCCCCCUGGGCAACUCCUUGGCCAUCUCCUUGGGCAUGUCCUUGGGCAACUCCCUGGGUAAAUCCUUGGGCAUCUCCUUGUUCAUCUGCUUGGGCAUCUUGGUCCUCUCCUUGGGUAUCUCCUUGGGCAACUCCUUGAGUAUUUCCUUGGGCAUCUUGGUCAUCUCCUUGGGCAUCUCCUUGGGCAUCUCCUUGGGCAUCUCCUUGGGCAUCUCCUUGGGCAUCUCCUUGGGCGUCUCCUUGGGCAACUCCUUGGGCAUCUCCUUGGGCAUCUCCUUGGGUAACUCUUUGGGCAUCUCCUUGGGCAUCUUGGUCCUCUCCUUGGGUAUCUCCUUGGGCAACUCCUUGAGUAUUUCCUUGGGCAUCUUGGUCAUCUCCUUGGGCAUCUCCUUGGGCGUCUCCUUGGGCAUCUCCUUGGGCAUCUCCUUGGGCAUCUCCUUGGGCAUCUCCUUGGGCGUCUCCUUGGGCAUCUCCUUGGGCAUCUCCUUGGGCGUCUCCUUGGGCAUCUCCUUGGGCAUCUCCUUGGCACCCCUGGAGCAAGGGGGCCGCAGCGGGCCCUGGCUGGUGCUGGAGGAGGAGGAGGAGGAGGAGGAGGAGGAGGAGGAGGAGGAGGAGGAGGAGGAGGAGGAGGAGGAGGAGGAGGAGGAGGAGGAGGAGGAGGAGGAGGAGGAGGGCGGCCGCGGCUUCACUGUAUCCGGGUCACACGGGGAGCCGCCUCCACCGGGACCGGUGCUCGGCGAGGAGAGUCCCCGGAGCCCGGGGGGGAGCCCCGGGGAGCCGGGUUGUGCCCCCCCUGCCGCAGGAUUGUGGGGUGACACCACCCACCUGGAACCCCCCCGUCCCCCUACCAGGACCCCUCAUCCCCCAUUUUUUGGGGCCACCAUGCAGGAGAACUACGAAAACGUGAUUUCCUUGGCGGAGGAGAUCGCCAUCAGCUGGCCGCGCAUCACCGCCUUCGCCGAGUCCCACCGGAGGCGGGGGCUGGUGUCGGGCGUGGAAGCAGAGGGGGAACAGGGUCAACCGGAGCCCACCCAGAUCCAACCCUCGGCAGGGGCCGGCUCCAGCGAUGGGGGGGUGAACCCCGAUUUACGCCGCCAGUUGGGCCUGAUCCUGCAAACGGCCGGCAGGAGCCAGGUGGAGAAGAUGCUGCGGGAGUUGGUGCGGGAGCAGGGGCAGGGGGGGAAGCGCCGGAACCGCAAGAAAACACCCAAGGAUGGAGGCACCGGCGCCGGGAGCGGGACGGAGGAGGAUUCGGCACCGCGGGACGGCGAGGAGACGGCGCUGGAGGAUGCCGAUCAACGCCAAAGCGGGGGGCAAGCGGCUGAGCCCCCCAUCGCUGGUAAAGGGAAUGGGGGCAAGAAGGGCGGCGCGGCAUCGCCGGCAUCCCGGGGCAGUUGCGCCGAAUGCGGGAUGCGGAACCGGUCGCAGAGUCCGGUAAAGCCGCGACGGUGCUCCGAGUGCGGGCGGCGGUGUCGGCAAUCGGCCCGGCAGCCGGAACGCGGCGGGGAGAAGCCGCACCGGUGUGGUGACUGCGGCAAAGGCUUCAGCCGAGGGUCUAACCUUGCCCAGCACCGGCGUAUCCACACCGGUGAACGACCUCACCGUUGCGGCGAUUGCGGCAAAGGCUUCAUCCAACGCUCUGACUUGGAGCGGCACCGGCGGGUGCACACCGGCGAACGGCCCUAUCCUUGCGGCGACUGCGGCAAACGGUUCAGCGUCAGCUCCCACCUCGACCGGCAUCGCCGUACCCACGCCGGUGGACCCGGUCCACCCGCCCAACCCCGCACCCGUCCUCGACCGCCCCCGACGGAGGCGUCGCCGGCUCCUCACCGUUGCCCCGAAUGCGGUAAGAGCUUCGCCCAACGCUCCGCCUUGGCCAAGCACCGUAAGACCCACAGCGGCGAACGGCCUCACCGCUGCGGCGACUGCGGUAAGAGCUUCAGCCGAGGCUCCAACCUCACCCAACACCGUCGCAUCCACACCGGCGAAAGGCCGUUUGCUUGCGGCGAUUGCGGCAAAGGUUUCAUCCAACGCUCCGACCUGGAACGGCAUCAACGGGUACACACCGGUGAACGACCCUACACCUGUGCCGAAUGCGGUAAGAGCUUCAGCGUCAGCUCCCACCUCGACCGGCACCAGAAGAUCCACGCGGCCGAACGGGCGUCCUACCGUUGCCCCGAACAUCUAGCCGGCUUCUUGGCCGCUCACCGUCACGGUCGCCUCUUCCAAUGCGCCCAAUGCGGGCGGUGUUUCGGCCAAGGCGCUGCCUUGCUCAAGCAUCAACGCGCCCACGGUACCGGGGGAACCGCGGGGCAGCCCCCCAAGUGCCCAGAUUGCGGGAAGAACCGGGGUGGCACGGUGGGGUUACGUCCCCGCGGUCAGCAAUGUAUGGAUUGCGGGAGGGAAUCGGAUACCGGAGACGGUGAGAUGACGCCGGCGGCGCCGCCGGAGAAACCCUAUAAGUGCGGGGAAUGCGGGAAGGGUUUUGGGCAGCGGUCGGCACUGGUUAAACACCGGCGUAUCCAUACCGGAGAGAAACCCUACGCCUGCGGGGACUGCGGGAAGGGUUUCAUCCAGAAGUCGGACCUCACCAUCCAUCGCCGGAUGCACACCGGGGAGAAACCUUACCGUUGCGGUGAGUGCGGCAAAUGCUUCAGCGUCUCCUCCAACCUCAUCACCCACCAACGCACCCACCUCGGCGAGAAACCCUACCAGUGCCCCGAGUGCGGCAAGAGCUUCAUCCAACGCUCCGAGCUCACCAUCCACCAGCGCGUCCACACCGGCGAGAAGCCCUACAAGUGUCCCGAGUGCGGCAAGUGCUUCAGCCGGAGCUCCCACCUCAACCGCCACCAACGCACCCACGCCGGGGACAAGCCCAAAGCCGCCGCCGCCGCCACCAGCAACCCCCUGCCACCUUCCAGCGCCUUCACUGGCGCCGCCUUCUCCCCGCCGUUGGGCGGCUCGGCGGCCCCCAUCCCCUCGCUGCCCUCCUUCCCGGCCUCCCCCUCGCCCCUGCCCAUCCCCUCCCUCUCCAGCCCCGCCCUGGACCUGCCGUGGGCCCUCUCCUUCCCUGCCCGCGCCUUCCCCCACCCCUCCUUCCCCUCGGCCCCCGCCUCGGGGGCCCAGACCUCCUCCCUCAUCAACUGAGCGGUGCCCGGCCCCGGCUGCGGCCCCGUCCUCCUCCCAGCCUCCCCAGCCGCUCGCCCCACACCCAACUUGGGUUGACCUCAAAGACCCAUCGCUGGGGGGGCUUGAUCCCACCUGGAGCUGUUCGGUCUUGGUGGCUAAUUAAUGAUCUAAUUAGGGGAUAAGGCAGCUCCUCCAACCCUGACCACAGCCCCAGCUCCAUCUUCCCUUCCCCC